AUGACCGAUCAAAUCUCUCGCGACGGCCGAACAUGGAAAGAGCAUUUCCCGGAAGGUGAUCUCUGGGUCUUUGGCUAUGGAAGCCUAAUAUGGAAACCACCUCCUCAUUUCGACAAACGGGUCCCCGGAUAUAUUAGCGGAUAUGUGCGACGGUUCUGGCAGGCCAGUACCGAUCACCGCGGAACACCAGAACGACCGGGGCGAGUGGUGACGGUGAUUGAGAAGUCGUUUUGGGAGACGUUGGAUGAUCCUCACGAAAACCUCGAACCAUCCAAUACAUCAACCGUCUGGGGUGCCGCAUACCACAUCCCCGCUUCUCAUGCAGAAGAGGUACAUGACUAUUUAGACGUCAGGGAAAUAGAUGGUUAUACAGUGCACUACACGCCCUUUUAUGCCGUGAMCCCUCAAGCCGAUCAAAUUACCACCACCACAACAUCAAGCCGACCAUUAUCACAGCGUCAACAAUCACCACCAUCCGAACUUCUCCCGACUUCAUCCUCCAAACCCAUCACUUGCAUGGUCUACAUCGGGCAACCGAGCAACCCUCAGUUCCUGCGUAACCCGGCUGAACGCCACCCGGCCUCUGUGGCGGAAGUCAUUAGUCAAGGCGUAGGCCAAAGUGGACGGAAUCCGGAGUAUUUGUAUCUUUUGGAAAAGGCACUUGAAGGGUUGGGACUAGGGCUUGCGGAUGGACAUGUGACGGAUUUGGUGAAGAGGGUCAAGGUGAUUGAAGGGUUGCAUGAUCGGAAGGGUGAAGCGGAUGAAGAAGAGCAAAGUGCGGAGAGGGAGGUGGAGAGGAAUGUUGCUGGGGGAGGUGGGACGGUGGAUGUUAUAGAAUAG